AUGUGCUGGUCAACGAAGACGCUUUACACUGUUUGCGCUCACGGAAAAUGGGAAGUCAUAGAAUGCAUGAAAUAUGCCAAAAAUCAAGGCUCAAACAAGUCCCACAUUAGGGAAUGCCUAGCUGCCCCUUGCCAACACUCGAAUUCUCUUCGCACCAUAUACGGCUUUUGUGACGAUUGCGUCGAAGUCUUCACAAUCUAUACUGACGUAGGCUACCCCAAAGUCAGCUCAUACAACGUCAUCAAGAACUACUGGGCUUAUAAACAAGCGCACGGGUGGGACGGCCUCGUCGAGCCGUGGAAGGUACCCGCUUACGGGCUCCUGUUGGUGCCGCCAUCUUUGCCUACUGCUCCGAAGCCCAAGAAAAAUAAGUUCUUCGCCACUUUCCUCCACGGUUCCGCUGACACCACUCAGACUAACAGCAUCUCAUGGCACCAGAGGACACUGCUCAGAGCUAUGAAUUCAUUUGAGCUAGAAUCCCGCUCCUGUAAAUUGUGCAACAGGGGCGACAGGCAGGACAAGAAUUUUGCUGCACUUGCUAUGAAGAUGUGCGAGUCCACGCUCGAGUGGGCAGAUGGCCUGGGAGACUCGGAUACCAUCAUUCACAGGUCAAACGUGGACUUUGUUCCAGAACUAAGCUUUUCUUCUAGUCUUGAGCGCAGCUUUACCAGCCGGCAACGUCCUAGCAUGGGAGAGGUGUUCUCCUCUCCGUUCGACAACCAAAGAGCUGGAAGUCCAGAGGAAUUUCCAAUGCGUUCUUGUCGUAAGCUUCUAGGAAAGAAUCCCAGCCGACUUGCUCGUCCUAUUCAAAUGCCAGAGGGAAUAUCUGGUGACAACAUCCUGACUACUCCCCGCCACCAGGUUAUCAAGCACAGAAAUGUCAAGGUCAGUCCAUCAAGUGACGACACCCAUGAGUUGCGCGAUGGUCAUCGAGACACUCCUUCUUCUGGCAGGCGUUCGCAUACCUUUAGCGACUUCUCUGGAACUUACAUAUCUGACGAUUUGACUCGCCUUUCCGAAGAAACGGAGGCACUGGAUCUCCACGAAUACCCUCGGCAGUGCCAUGCAGCAACUUAUGACAGACUGGUGGGCUGGAGCAGUUCGCGGUCACUCACGCAACAGCAGCAGCGACUGAGAAGGCAGACAUCUGAGGAGACAGAGGUGACUGAAGAGCGUAUCAAGGUCCAUCUCGACGACGGCAAUGGGAGCUUUAUCACUCGCGUUCGUCAUGUGACGUUCGUCUCACCUCCUAACAUGGUGAGCUCAAUGCAUGGGUCUCUGGUUAGGUCAGAUACAUCGGAAGAUGGUACCCAAGGCAGCCCUACUGAGACCAUGAGCGGCACACUCAAACCACCCCCAAGUGGAGGCCAUUCUCAGAAGCGCGACACAAAUCGCCGUAAAGUCGAGUGCGUUCCAGCACCGAGCUCUCUACCAGAGAUACUACCCUCGAUUUCCUUUGACAACUCGCCCCGCCUUGCUGGCUCGACUGGCCAAACAAUCAAAAAGCGGUAUGGCAAGGAUGCCGCACCGCGAUACGUCCCAGGCAUGUCUGCGCUGGACCAGUACAGACACAUCAAGGUUAUCCACUUGAAGGAGUUGCUAGAGAAGCAGGCUAGAAAGUGA